CUGUUCUUUCGAGGGUAACGCACAAAGCGUGUUUACCGCGAUUUGAUAAUAAUCGAAGACCUCCGAACGGAGAUCCAAAGUUCAUCGGCACGGCUAUCCAUAUAAUACAGUUCAAAAAUUGUUCGAUUCGAGGGAAUUGAAAACCAGCGAUCUCUCGGUAUUGAAAGGAACUAAAGCGUCGAAUCGGAGUUACAAAGAUUACGUGGACGGAGACGUCGAAGCGCGAAAGUGAAAAACAGCUCGAAGCCACGCGAGUCGAAUCAAAUUCCGCGCCGAUCGCCGACUCCCGGGUAACUGCGCAUCACGUGACACGAGAUUAACCGAACGGAGCGACGAGGUUCUGUGGUUAUAAAUAGCGGCCACCAGGGAGCGGGGAGUCUCUUUUACUUUCAACACUGUUCCAUAGUACAUUAGCUUCGCGCUCUUUCGACUAUUACGUUUUGUGCUGUGCUGGUGUUAGAUUCGCUCGUGCGGAACCAAAGUAGGGUGUAGAGAUCAGACUCGUAUCUCGCUUGUUUCCGCUGAUCUUUAACAACACCAAACGCGUCGAACGUUCGAAGGAAGUCGCGGCACGUGGCCAGAGCAUCGGAGCGCAGCAGACGAGAACAAAAGCCCCUAGCGACGACCACGAAAAGGAGGAAAAUGCCGGAGACCGCUCACCACAUGAACGGAUACGCGAACGGGCACACGCCGCCCGAGCUGCAACAGGACACCAGUUUUUUGUUUACUUCGGAGUCCGUUGGCGAAGGCCAUCCAGAUAAAAUGUGCGAUCAAAUAAGUGAUGCUAUUUUAGAUGCACACUUAAAACAAGAUCCUGAUGCAAAAGUGGCUUGUGAGACUGUGACAAAAACGGGAAUGGUACUGCUGUGUGGAGAAAUAACAUCAAAAGCUGUGGUCGAUUAUCAAAAAAUUGUUCGGGACACUGUUAAACAUAUUGGCUAUGAUGAUUCCUCGAAAGGAUUCGAUUGGCGUACGUUGAACCUUUUGGUGGCGAUCGAACAACAAUCUCCAAAUAUCGCUGAUGGUGUUCAUGUGGACAGGGAAGAGAAGGACGUGGGUGCAGGUGAUCAGGGUCUGAUGUUUGGAUAUGCAACAGAUGAAACAGACGAAUGUAUGCCAUUAACUGUUGUGUUGGCACAUAAAUUGAAUCAGAAGAUCGGAGAAUUAAGGCGAAGCGGUGAAUUGUGGUGGGCAAGACCAGAUUCAAAAACACAGGUUACUUGCGAGUAUCUUAUGGAUCAUGGUGCUUGUGUACCUAUAAGAGUUCACACAGUGGUUGUGUCGUUACAACACAGUGAAAAAAUUGGUUUGGAGGAGUUACGCAAAGCAGUUAUGGAAAAUGUCAUUAAAGAAGUAAUCCCGGCAAGGUACCUAGAUGACAGAACGAUCUUCCAUGUUAAUCCUUGCGGGCUGUUCAUUAUUGGUGGGCCACAGAGUGACGCUGGUCUUACUGGACGUAAAAUAAUAGUAGACACUUAUGGUGGUUGGGGAGCUCAUGGCGGUGGUGCAUUUUCUGGAAAAGAUUUCACAAAGGUUGAUCGAUCUGCUGCUUAUGCAGCAAGAUGGGUUGCUAAAUCUUUGGUAAAGGCUGGUAUAUGCAGACGGUGUCUUGUACAGGUUUCAUAUGCUAUUGGAGUAGCAGAACCUCUUUCAAUCACAGUUUUUGACUAUGGCACAUCUAAAUUGUCUCAAAAUGAACUUUUAGAUAUAGUCAACAAAAACUUCGAUUUACGGCCUGGAAAAAUCGUCAAAGAGUUGAAUCUCCGUAAUCCCAUUUACCAACAAACCAGUACAUAUGGACACUUCGGCCGAGAAGGGUUCACUUGGGAGCAGCCAAAAACACUAAUUCUCGAUUGAUGAGAACAUGGAUUUUAAAUCAAUUUGACGUUUCUUACCUAAGAACGUCUACCAACUCGCUCUAAAUAUGCGUGUAUAUCUCGUAAACGUUUUCCGAGAUUUUUCGACCUCCGCGCUACAUUCGCCAAGAGUCCAUCAAUUCCUUUUGCCAACUUAGUACUACCAGGAAGAAUGACACGUUAGUUUUUUUUUUCCACACCACAAGAUACUUGGUACUGUGUGUGGUAUAGUACAAAUUUUGUUAAUCCAGCAUGCAGACGAUAACAGUCAUCUUUCCUUUAUUCUUUGGAAAACGAAUCCAAGUUUAUCCAUCAUAGGAAGUCAUGAAACUAUUGACAAAGGGAAAGGUGAAUGAAGCCUAUUGUGAGUCUGUUGCCUACUCGUGCAUCGGUUAUAAUAGCGGAAGGUACUUUAUUUACCAAUGGGCACGACUCAUUUCUAUGGCUCGUGAGUGGUGUGUGUUGGAAAUAAAUAGAAUAAAAGAACAAUAAUACUUUUAACGAAAGGUGUUCAACAUUUGAAAAAUGUGUAAAUUGGUAACAUCGGGCCGUACCUUUAAAUGAAACUUUGAGAUGAAAAUGUUCUCUCAGAUUUUUAGCGGUAUUAGUAUUUUGCGAACGUACAUGAAAUUUCGACGUUCGUUCAUUUUGCUUUCGAAGUAUACAUGUAACAUUUUAAACAGUUUGCGUUUACUUUUACCAGUAAUUUCAGUCAAUAAUAAUCGAGCUUUCAUGUAUGUUUUAUCGUUAGAAUUAUUAACAGUUCGAGUGCAAAUGUAAACUGAUAACGAUUAUGUACAUUAAUUGUAGCAAAAUGGGAAAGCAAAUCAAUCUAAAUGACAAAUACAGGCAGUCUUAAUUUUCAUAUUGUUUAAAAUCUGUACGAUACAAAGCAGUAUAAUAUUGGCCAGGAGUUAAUGCUAUCGCAUUCAUUUAAAUUUGCUUAAUUAUAAUUUAUGACAAAAUUUCUUAAUUAUGUUCAAAUUUAAAUAACAGCGAUACUACUAACUCUCAUAUAUUUAUAUAUGUAUUUCUCUCCUUGCUCCAUUUUAAUAGAUAAUUGUAAUAGACAUUGUCGAUCUUGCAAUGUAUAGCAAAUAAUGCAACAUCGAAAAUGUAUGACCUUUAUUUUAUAGAGGUCUCGUAAAGAUCGUGUGGCGGAGCUCGACAAUUAUACGACUUUUUCAAAGUGUAGUGUGAAAAUUUGUGACUAUCAUGUUUUAAACAUCAACAAAAAAUGUAAAUGAAAUUUAGUAAUUUCCUUCUGUUAGAUUAAUGUAACGAUUUAUUGUGUAACGGUAUUGGCAAUGUAAAGAUAAAUAAGAUCAUCAUAUGCAAGUCAUAAUAAAAAGGAUUUUUUAAUAAAUUGUUUUUCAUUUUA